AUGUCCUCGACGAUUGAAAAAGUAAAGGAUAUCUUGCACAUCAACAAAGAUAAGAACACGACAGAUACGUCUAAUGAGAUCCACCGAAAUGAUCACCACCAAGGACAUGUAGGAUCUCACAAUACUGCAACUACCGAUUUUACUAACGUGGGAGCAUCCCAUCAACCGGAAACUGUUCCGAGAUAUGGUAAAAGCGAACAAAUAACUGGCUAUAAUGACCCCUCUAUAAAUAGCGCCAAAUACGACCCACAGGCAAGCGGCCGUCUCGAUAUUUGCCACGUCACCGAUGAUGAAUCUGAUACAGGUUGUGGCCUCACUUCUGGUAAAAAGGGAGGUAUGUUUUAG